UCUGAAUUGUAGGUUUUUUCUUACGACGACCCGUAAAAGUCGCGCUGUAGGAAGAAGUCGCUCAAGCCUCCUCUUUAUUCCAUUUGUUUUGUCUACUACCAAGGACCAGGCAUCAUGCGUGAGUGCAUCAGUAUCCAUGUUGGCCAGGCUGGAGUGCAGAUUGGAAAUGCCUGCUGGGAGCUCUACUGCUUGGAACACGGCAUCCAGCCUGAUGGGCAGAUGCCCAGUGACAAGACCAUUGGAGGUGGAGAUGAUUCCUUCAACACCUUCUUCAGUGAGACAGGAGCAGGAAAGCAUGUUCCACGAGCUGUGUUUGUGGACUUGGAACCAACUGUGAUAGAUGAGGUUCGCACUGGUACUUAUCGCCAGCUGUUCCACCCUGAGCAGCUCAUCACUGGGAAGGAAGAUGCAGCCAAUAACUAUGCCCGUGGUCAUUACACAAUUGGCAAGGAGAUCAUUGACCUGGUUCUGGACCGAGUCCGUAAACUAGCUGACCAAUGCACAGGUCUCCAGGGUUUCCUGGUCUUCCACAGCUUUGGCGGAGGUACUGGAUCUGGUUUUACAUCCCUGCUGAUGGAACGUCUCUCUGUUGACUAUGGCAAGAAAUCCAAGCUUGAAUUCUCCAUCUAUCCAGCUCCACAGGUGUCUACCGCAGUGGUAGAGCCCUACAACUCUAUCCUGACUACCCACACCACCCUGGAGCACUCUGAUUGCGCUUUCAUGGUUGACAAUGAAGCCAUCUAUGACAUCUGCCGACGAAACCUAGACAUUGACCGACCAACCUACACCAACCUCAACCGAUUAAUAGGCCAGAUAGUGUCCUCUAUCACUGCCUCCCUCCGCUUUGAUGGUGCUCUGAAUGUUGAUCUGACCGAAUUCCAGACCAACUUGGUGCCAUAUCCCCGUAUCCACUUCCCAUUGGCUACCUAUGCACCAGUUAUCUCAGCUGAGAAAGCCUAUCAUGAGCAGCUUUCUGUGUCGGAGAUAACCAAUGCUUGUUUUGAGCCAGCCAACCAGAUGGUCAAAUGUGACCCUCGCCAUGGCAAGUACAUGGCCUGCUGUCUUCUUUACCGUGGUGAUGUGGUGCCAAAAGAUGUCAAUGCAGCUAUUGCUACUAUUAAAACCAAACGUACCAUCCAAUUUGUGGAUUGGUGUCCAACUGGUUUCAAGGUUGGUAUCAACUACCAGCCUCCCACUGUGGUACCUGGAGGUGACCUGGCCAAGGUUCAGCGGGCUGUGUGUAUGCUGAGCAACACCACUGCCAUUGCUGAAGCUUGGGCUCGCCUGGACCACAAAUUUGACCUGAUGUAUGCCAAGCGUGCCUUUGUUCACUGGUAUGUUGGUGAGGGUAUGGAGGAGGGAGAAUUCUCAGAGGCCCGUGAGGACAUGGCUGCUCUGGAGAAAGAUUACGAAGAAGUUGGUGUUGACUCUGUAGAAGGGGAAGGAGAGGAGGAAGGGGAAGAAUAUUAAAAUGUUUUUCACAUCACAAUAUGGUGCUGCUGUAACAGGGAACCAAGAUAAAAGUACAAAACAUUGUGAAUUAAACACAGUGAAUUGUAACUGAAGAUUAACCAAUUUGAAGUAGGGCCCUUCAAUUUGGUAAUCAUCAAGAUACACACUGCUGCAUAAGUCAUGGCCAUUAUUAUUCAAUCACACCUUAAUGAUGUUUGCAUUCCAUAUUUAUUUUUUUUUUAAAAAAGAGCAUACUCUUCUGUUUUAUACAACUUUUCUUCUACCCAACUUUUGAGGCCCCUGUGUGGCAUCAUUAUGCCAAGCCUCCUGAAUUGACCUCAAAUGGCUUUAGGUCAUUGGAUAGCUGGGCUUUUCAUUAUUUAAACAAAGGUGUGAUUGAAUUUUUAACCUGCAUAAUUAGUCACAAUCUGUAGCAAUGUACAUCUAAAUUGAGAGAUUGCUGUGCAGCAUUGCAAAGCCAACUUCUGUUGCAAAUGUAACUCACAUGUUCUGUCUUUAUUGCUUUCUCAAUAAAUAAGAUCCCUGUCUU